ACAGGAGUAAUAAAUUGGAAUUCAUUGAAGACAGACGUUCCUGUUGUGGUCAUCCAGCUAAUGUAAACAUUUUAAAGAAGAUUUCAGUGGUUGAAUUGCCUGUGGAAGAUUGAGACCAUUUGAGUUGGAGCCUGGUUCUCUUCUAGAGAAGUAGUGGCUUGAUUUCAAGCCCCAGCAUUUGAUCUAAGGAUCUGGCCAGCAUGUCUAAUCAAGGAGAAGACUGCUACUUUUUUUUCUAUUCUACAUGUACCAAGGGAGAUAGCUGCCCAUUCCGGCACUGUGAAGCUGCCCUAGGAAAUGAGACUGUUUGCACACUGUGGCAGGAAGGGCGCUGUUUUCGGCAGGUCUGCAGGUUCCGACACAUGGAAAUUGAUAAAAAGCGGAGUGAGAUUCCAUGCUAUUGGGAAAACCAGCCAAUGGGAUGUCAAAAACUAAAUUGUGCUUUUCAUCACAACAGGGGACGCUAUGUUGAAGGCCUUUUCCUACCUCCAAGCAAAACUAUAUUACCCCUUGUGCCUGAGUCGCCAGAUGAAGAGGUGAAAUCUAGUCAGCUCUCAAUGCAGCAGAACAAACUGUCUGUUCAGUCCAACCCGUCUCCCCAGCUUCGGGGUGUAAUGAAAGUGGAAAGUUCAGAAAAUGUCCCCAGCCCCACACAUCCUCCAGUUGUAAUCAAUGCUGCAGAUGAUGAUGAAGAUGACGAUGAUCAGUUUUCUGAAGAAGGAGAUGAAACUAAAACACCUAUUCUGCAACCAGCUCCUGAAGUUCAUAAUGGAUUACGCAUAACUGGUGCUCGGAAGCCAGGGGUCAAUUUAAAGCAAGGAGAUAGUUUGAAUUUUGGAAUAAAAACCCUUGAAGAAAUCAAGUCAAAGAAAAUGAAGGAAAAAUCUAAGAAGCAAGGAGAAGGGCCUUCAGGAGCAUGUGCUCAUUUACUUCAACCUCAACCCAUUCCAGGUCCUGAGAAAGAGAAUGUCAGAACGGUGGUGAGGACAGUAACCCUGUCCAACAAACAAGGAGAAGAGCCCUUGGUACGAUUGAGUCUCACAGAAAGACUAGGGAAACGGAAGCUCUCAGGUGUUGACAGUGACCCUCCACUGAAGCGAAGCCUUGCUCAAAGGCUUGGGAAGAAAAUUGAGUCUCCAGAAAUGAAUACUGACAAAACACCAAAGAAAGUUCAAGUUUCCAAGUCUCUGAAGGAGAGAUUAGGAAUGCCAGCUGAUCUAAACAGUAUGGAGACAACAGCAGAACGAUCUGCUAAAGGUGGAGAGAUCCAUGUGAAGACACUAGAAGAAAUACGUCUCGAGAGAGCCAGCCAAAAACGAGGAGACUUGCUAACCAAAAUUAAGAAUGAAGGACCCCAUAAGACUGAAGAUUCCAGUUUGGGGAUGAGAAGCUCCUCUGCUAUCCGAAUCAAAACAUUUUCUGAGGUCCUGGCUGAAAAGAAACACCGACAGCAGGAAGAAGAGAGACAGAAAGCUGAGAAGGAAAACCCUUCUGUCAAGCUCAGAAUAGAAAGUGAGUCUAAGAAACCAGCCACCUUGCCUCCCAGCACUACCAGUAAAGGGCAGCUGGAAGAGCCUGCAAUGAAAACCAAGCCCAUGCAGGAGGUACAUAUAAAAACCUUGGAGGAAAUCAAACAGGAAAAAGCAUUGAGAGUGCAACAGAGUGCUGAGAACAGCACCAGCUCCCAGACACAGCCUGAGACUACUCCAAUCAUAAGACGACUUCUCCGCAUCACCAAAAGAACAGGUGUAAAGGAAGAGAAGAAACUUAGUGAAGCAGGUGAAACCACAUCUCGAAUUGGUGUUAGCAGAACAGAGGCUAUUGAGGUUUCUUCACAGACUUCUGAUGAGACCACAGGAGAUAGCAUUUCCAAAGUUCAAGUCAAGAAAUUUGAAGAUAUCAUGAGAGAGAAGCGCAUGCAGAAGCAGCAAGAGGUAGAAACACUACCAAAGGAGAAAGUUCUGACACCCCUUCAGGAAGAAGCAGCACCCAGUAACACCCAAGUGGUAGAGAAAUCAGAACUGAAUACCGUAUCAGGAAUCACCCGCCAGCUGACAAAACGCAUGCCAAUAAAAGCCCAGCAAGUAGAGGUAGAAACUUCAGGAAUUGGGGAUUCAAUCCUGAAUGUGAAAUGUGCAGCACAACCCUUGGAAAAAAGGGGUAAAGCCAAGCCCAAGGUUAAUGUCAAGCCAUCGGUGGUUAAAGUCAUUUCAACCCCUAAAUUGGCCACAAAACGCAAAGCAGCUGAAGUCCACCCUGCUGUCAUUGCAGCUGUAAAGCCACUCAGUUCCGGCAAUAUUCUUCAGGAAAGCCCAAGCAAAAAAGCAGCUGUGGCUGCUGUUCCAGUUCUCUCUGAGGAUAAACCAGUCACUGUGUCUGAGACAGAAAAAACCCCAAACAGUCUUGAUCUGCCUCCAAGCCAAACUUCUGAUCCUCUACCACCAGAAGUAUCUAGUCCUUCUUCAUCCCAAGUGGCCACAAAAAGCCGCCGGCUCAGCUCUGCCUCUUCAGGAAAGCCUCCCCUUUCUGUGGAGGAUGACUUUGAGAAACUGAUCUGGGAGAUCUCAGGAGGCAAAUUGGAAGCAGAAAUUGACCUGGAUCCUGGGAAGGAUGAAGAUGACCUUUUACUUGAGCUAUCGGAAAUGAUCGAUAGCUGAAAGUGGUGACAAGAUUAUUUUUUUAAAAAAACUCACCAAAAAACUGGAUUUUGUUUCAUCUAUUAUAACAUGUGCCUGAGGUUACUAUUUCUCUAGGCCAAGAUUUGCCCCAAUCAGAAGCAUACCUCAGAAGUACCUAUACUUGUUUGGGCCUCCUGUGGGUCAAAUUAAAGAGAAGGCCUUUGGGUAGCCAUCCUGUCUAUUAUUGUUUAGCUUUGAGAUAAAGUUCCUUGUCUCACCCUAUUCCCUUUUUUCCCCAUCCCCUCCUUCCCCUACUUUAAAAAAAAAAAAAAAGUGGGCGAUAGAGAGAAAGUAGUUUAGGUUGGGGGGGGGCAGAAAGGAGCUUAGAGGUUUAAAGUGUACAUUUGUUAAUUCUGGCUUUUUUCUUUGGAUCAUCUUUGUUGUGUGUAUGAAUAGAUAUAUGAGAAAGAUAUGAAGAUAGCUGCUACUACUCUUAAGGACCAAAUUUCAUUUCUGCCACUGUAUUUAAAUUGUUAACAUAGCUUUAGAGAAGGCUAAGUAGCUACAGGGAGCAAACCAGAAUAACAUGGACAAUUUUUUCAGGUCCAAAUUUUGGUGCUUCGGUUACUCUGAAGACUUCUAACAAGCAACAACUUAUUUAUUACUACUGUAAUUUUAAAAGCUUUUUUUUUUGCUUGAAAGUGCCUCGGUGGUCUCAAGAACUACUGUUACUGGGAUCCCCUGGUUUCUUAAGACAUGAUUUGAAGAACCCUCUUGUUAGCAUGAAAAUUUCUGCUCCUCCUGCCCCCCCAUUUCUCCAGCCCCCCCCCCCCAUUUCUCCUGCCCCAAUACUUUUCCACCACCACUGGCAUUGAGUCACCAGGAGUUGUGUGAAAGGUUAUGGUUUGUUUGUUUCUUUUUUAAAUCUGUAAUGCUGCAGUUCCAGCAAAUUCUCCUGCCCAAGAAUUCUCUGUCCGUGACCACCUAAAAAGGAAAGCUGAAUCAGCUGCUGAUUUUCAUAUGUGAACUAUAGCAAUACACUGAACCCACUGUAGCAGGGAUAUUGAGAUGCUUUGGAGGUGUAUUGUGUACCUUCCAUCUUUGUAGAUGAUUUUCCUUAUUACUUCUGAAUUGAUUUUUUUUUUUUGUUCUUGACAGUCCUUUUUACAUCCCCGCAAGGGUUUUAGACUUGUCCUAGAAUAAGCCUAAUUCAGGCCUGUGUUCUCAGAAGAAGAUAUAUUGCAUUGUAAAUAUUUGUGUUCAUAUGGUAUUUUGGAGAAAGAGGAAAAAAUACUUGUCCAUUUUUAUAAUUCAUUAUAGGUGGUAUCUUGGUUCCCUUAGGGAAAAUUGACCCACCUGUCAUAUUGGCUCCUAAGGAACUGCUGUUGUAGGCGGCUCAUCAAAAGGAGAACUUCAUGUAAUCUCAUGGAAGGGUGGAGAAUGCCACAGGACUACCCAUCUGGCCUUGUUGAGGUCUGAAUGGUUAUUCACAAACAAAAGUAACUUGAGAAAUUUAUAUAUUUUUUAAAAAUUAGACACAAUCCCCAUUCUUCCCUCUAUAAUUGAAAGUAUUUGUUGUAUGAGGACCCCUCCCCAAGGCCAAGCAUGGAAUGUUCUGGUUCUAUUACCAAUUGCCUCCUCCUCCUUCCUCUUCCCAUUUCACUCUUGAGAUCUGUACAGAGAUCUCUAAUCCUUUUUGUAAAUAACCAUUUUAUUUUCAUUUUUUAUGAUUUUGUUUGUAUCCUAUUUAAAGCACUUGUAAUUAUUAAUCUGUGUCUGAAUCAUUCAUGUUCAGCAUCAUUUGAACCAUUAGUCAUUACGGAGAAAGACAUUUGUGUUUUAAAUAAAACUGGUGUAGGAAA